GUUUGUCGUCCCCCCACCCCCAUCACCAAUACUUUAUCAGAGAAUGGACGUGGAGGACUCAUUCCCAGUGUGCCUGCUGAAAAUAUGACUUGCAAGUAUGAUUUUGCUCAAAUGACGAAGGGAAAACCUGUUCAUAGCUUCCAAACCAAUUACAGAUCACUGAUGUUCUCACCAGCCUGUCACCCACCCAGGUCCACCAGGAUCUACACUUUCCUCUUUUCCAGCGACAUUAACGUGGAAAGUGCCAAAUCAGAAAUGGGAAACAUUGGGCGGUGCAGCGAGAAACAUAGAAGAUGGGAGCAGGAAGAGGCCGUUCGGCCCUUCGAGAUGCGCCGCCAUGCAUCACCAUCAUGGCUGAUCGUCCAACUCUAUAGCCUAAUCCUGCUUUCACCUCAUAACCUUUGAUAGAUGAGGGGACCAUGCUCGGAAGAAUAUAUUUUAAGGAGUCUUUUAAAGACAAGGACUAAAGUGUAGGGUGAAGUGACGAGUUUGAAAGAGUGAAGCUAAUGAACUUUGCUACCAAUGGUGAAACCAAAGAAUUCCAUAGGAAUGCCAAAGGAAAAAUAUGAUCCAAAAGAUCUACACAGAAUAUAUGCAAUCAUGUCAUUAGAAGAAGCAGCCAAUGGGAAAAAAACACACUGGGCGGAAUUAGAAAUCUCGGGUAAAGUGAGGAGCUUGAGUACUUCAUUGUGGUCUUUAACACACUUGACUGUACUGCACCUGAAGGACAAUAACCUUGCACGCAUUCCACCUGAUAUUGCCAAGCUCCAUAAUCUAGCUUAUUUGGAUCUAUCAUCUAAUAAAUUGCGCAGUUUACCAGCUGAGCUUGGAAACAUGGUGUCACUCAGGGAAUUGCUUUUAAAUAACAAUCUGUUACGGGUUUUGCCUUACGAACUAGGAAGACUGUUCCAGCUACAGACCCUAGGUUUAAAAGGCAAUCCUUUGUCACAGGAUAUUUUGAACCUCUAUCAGGAACCAGACGGAACAAGAAAGCUACUGAACUACAUGCUUGAUAAUUUAGCAGUUCAUCCGGAGCAGCUUCCUCAGAGACCGUGGAUCACUUUGAAGGAAAGAGACCAAGUGUUGCCAACAGCAUUGUUCACUAUCAUGUGUUAUAAUGUACUGUGCGACAAAUAUGCCACAAGGCAGCUGUACGGCUACUGCCCUUCCUGGGCUUUGAACUGGGAGUACAGGAAAAAGGGAAUAAUGGAAGAAAUCGUAAACUGUGAUGCAGACAUCCUUAGCCUUCAGGAAGUAGAAACAGAGCAAUACUUUAACCUCUUUUUGCCCGAGUUGAAGCAACGUGGAUACGAUGGGUUCUUCUGUCCAAAAUCUCGUGCCAAAUUGAUGUCAGAGCAAGAAAGAAAGCAUGUUGAUGGAUGUGCAAUAUUCUUCAAAACAGAGAAAUUUGCAUUGGUGCAGAAACACACAGUGGAAUUCAACCAGUUGGCAAUGGCCAAUUCGGAUGGCUCUGAAGCCAUGCUAAAUCGAGUGAUGACAAAAGAUAAUAUUGGGGUCGCAGUGCUUUUAGAGGUCCACAAGGAUCUUUUUGGAGGUGUGAAGACACUUCAAGGAACAGAAAAGCAGCUCAUUCUGGUCGCCAAUGCACACAUGCACUGGGAUCCUGAGUAUUCUGAUGUGAAAUUAAUCCAAACCAUGAUGAUUAUCUCUGAACUCAAAACCAUUCUAGAGAAGUCAGCUGCUUCCCUUAGGCCAAGCUGCCCUUCUGCAGAUCCUAACUGCAUCCCAUUGGUGCUGUGUGCAGAUCUCAAUUCACUGCCAGAUUCAGGUGUUGUGGAAUAUUUGAGCACUGGAGGUGUUGCACAGAAUCACAAAGACUUCAAGGAGCUGAGAUACAACGAGUGUUUGAUGAACUUCAGCUGUAAUGGGAAGAAUGGAACUUCUGAUGGUAGAAUUACUCAUGAUUUCCAACUCAAGAGUGCUUACGAAAACAACUUGAUGCCUUACACAAAUUACACUUUUGACUUUAAAGGUGUUAUUGACUACAUUUUCUAUUCCAAGACUCUGAUGAACGUGUUGGGCGUUCUUGGCCCUUUGGAUCCUCAGUGGCUUGUGGACAAUUCUAUCACCGGAUGUCCACAUCCUCAUAUCCCCUCUGACCACUUUUCACUGUUAAUACAGCUUGAACUUCAGCUUUCCUUGCCACCAUUGAUGAAUGGUGUACAUUUACCCAGCAGGAGGUAGUGAAUCCCUAUCAUGGAAGCACUACUCACUUUUACGGACAUGUACAGUUGUAAAGUCAAAGUAUGAAGGAGUGAAGUAUGGCCUGUGAAACCUUUAUUUGUUCUUUUUAUUACAAAAAAAUGUAUGUGUUCUAUAUGUUUCUAGUAUACUGUUUAUUUCACUAUUAACACUAAGGCUGGAACAAACAAAAACUUGCUUUGAAAAGGUUUAUUACUCAGACCUUUGGAGACACUGGAGAUCACAUUCCUUACAACUCUGAAAGCAUUGUCUUACAAUAUUGUGUGUCAAGUGUUUGGGUUUUGCUGUUGGAUUAUGUAAAUAAUCUGGCAUUGAAGCAGCAGAAUUACGUGCUUUACAAUAUGGUGCCAUUGACUUCUUCUCCAAAGACCAACAAGCAGAACAUCUUCAGAUGUUUGUUCUGAGCUUUGCCCCUUUUUUGUUUAGAUCUGUUCAUAAAUCAUGAUUGAAAUCAUAUUGACUCAUUUCACGGGUUUGAGUGAGAAUUUUUGAUAUCUUUCUAUUUGUUUAUCCUUGUUUUCCUUGCCUGUCUCAAUCAUAUGUUUUUUUAUAGUUCACUUUAAUUCUUUGGUGCUUCUCUUUUCAACUUUUGAUGGCUGAUCAACAGUUUGCCUCGCCUCUCUGGCUCUCUGCCACAGCUAAGUGGAAUCUCUCGGGGCAGAUCCUGAGUCAAGAGACAAUUGAAACCAAAAGGUGGAGGUGGUGGCCAGGAGACAGGGUUGGUUCUGUCCAGCUGUGACUUGAUUUGACAUUUGCCUUUUUUGUUCAGAAUGAGAUUCAUAUCUGGUUUCAUGAAAGAGGAUACCCAUUGGUUAUUGAUCUGUAUAGAAAGAAAGAGAGAGUUGGACAGAAGAUUCAGGUUUUUCAAACUACUUGUUUAUUGAGCGUAUAUUACAGCAAAUGAAAAUGAACUAUAGAAUUUUAAAUUUAUCCUAUUGCCUUAUAAAGCAUUUUUGUAAAAAGAAAAGAACUACCAUUUAGAUUUUGUCUUCCCAGUUGAACUGGCAAUAAUUUACUCCUUUUUGGGGAGAAAGAUAAUCGUGGACAUAACAGCCAAUAGCUGCUUUGUCAUCAGCCAGUCAAAGGUACAAUUCAAUAUUGGUCUAUCGGACAAGACCACAUUUUCUAUUCCACAAUGAAUUAAACAUGCAGCAAGCAGUGAUUGAGGUGCACCAUAAAUAAUUUGAACACAGUCAGGUAAAGCACCUAAAAGAUUACUGUACUAAAUAAGCACCAUCUGAUGGUCGUUAAUUCUCAUGUUGUAUACUCCCAACAACCUACUGCACUUUAUAAAGAAAUUGGGUUUUCAUUGAUGCAGUUAUAGUUUAUCAGUCUAAUGGGCCCCUUCAACUAUAUCCCACCCCCAUUUAAAAAGACAGACUGCAUUUUAAGAACCCACUUUGAAAGUUUAAUCUUCUUGAUUUUGAAUCAGACAGACAGCAUAUCUUCUGAUGUGUAAAAUCUGUUUUUUUAGUUUAAUAUAUAAUGCUAGUGUUACAUCAAAUAAAGUUCAUAAGUGGACAAGACCUAGUUUUAGAAUUUGCCAAUAACCUACUUUUGAUAUCUUUGACUGGAUUCUUGACUUCAAGAUUGUUUGUUUGAAAUCUGAAGCUUUAAGUCAGCACUUUAAUUCUGCAACCUCAUAACUUUUCAUGUUUUUAAGGACAUGAAGUAUGGAGCAAGAUAAAGCUAAUGAGAAUGAAAGAAACUGGAGGCACCAACUAAAUUUCAAGCUUUUUGUUUUGCAUUCACUUCUGGUGAAAGAAUUUGAACUUUUUAGCCCCUUUUUUAAAAUUCCCAGGCUUCAUGUGCUUAAAUUUUUUUUGUGAUGACCCUGCUUGUUAAAACACUUACUUCCUUCAUGCAUUUCUUUUAAUAACUAUAAGCAAUAUUAACUUACCAUACUUCACUCCCAAUAUUUUGUCAGAUCAGUUUGUAUAAAAUGGAAUUUAAAAUUUACCUAUAAUGGUUGUAUAUGAACUACAGAAGAGCCCAAUUACUGGAUUUUUCGCUUUGUUUUUUAUAAUUGAAGAGGAAAACAGUUUUUGGGAAAGCUUACUGUUAAUAGCUGCAAAUUUUGUCUGCUUUCAGUAUAAAAAGGAUCGAGACACUCUGUUGCAAGAGGAUGUUCAUCAGGUUUUCUUUGCUUCUGUAUGCAUUUUUCCAGAGUUUCAACAACUGUGUACUUUAAAAAUAGAUAAGUGAGGGAAAGAACAUUUUAAGAAAAAAAACAAUGAAAUGGAGAUGAUAGUAAGUUUUGUUAUGUGUGUGUUUAUCUUAAUUGUUCAGGCAAAAAAAAUAAAGAAAGCACAGUCAGAUUCAUGUACGUUUCUGUUAUAUUUUGUCCCUCGUUUCAUAACAAUGUGCCUCAUUCAAUUUGCCCAAGCAGCUGCACUGCCCAAGCAAGCAGAGAAAACCUGACAGGCCUUCUCCAGGCAACUUUUAAAAUUCUAUACAAUAAAUCUGUUAAGAUUUGUGAGAUUUUAUGUAAAAAAAACACAUGAAAAACAACUUAAAAACAGUUUUGUACAAGCUCUGUAAUGUGUUUAACUUUGGUGUAAGAAGUGUGGGACAUUGGAAACCGCAUCAUAAGUCAGAUAUGGCACAAUGAUUUCUGAGAUGAGCUUUAUUUCUGUCUCAUUCCCAGCACUGCUUGUCUUUUGUUUUUAUUUUGUGUAAUGCAGGAGUGUACUACCUUUAGCGCAAAGCCAGCAAAUGCGUGAAGGUUUUUGUCACUUUCUGGGUAUUGUGCAUUUUGAUGUGGAGAGAUUCCCUUUCUUGUUCAAUACCCUUCACUCCCUUAUCAAAUGUACUUACUAGCUCUCAAUGGAUUGAAAAGCUACUGAAUUUCAGUCUUUCAAGGUUUCAUAUCACUCAGUACAAAAGCAUAUAUAUUGGAUAAUGUCAUUUAAAAUGAAGUACGGGUCUCAUGACUUAAGACAGUCACAAAAAGCAGGUUUUUGUAAUAGUAAUUAUAUAUUUCUAUGAAUCGCAUAUGGCAGCUUCAUAUUCACUAAGCUGCAGAUAACCAAAAAAAGUGCUUAUUUAAAACCAUGAAGCACGAUCAAAAAUAUACCGUGAUCUCAGCCUUUAAUGCAUAGGUACUUUUACAUUUCAAUAAAGGAGCACUACAAAAUUGGCCUAAUUAAAUGGUGGGUUUUCCAAACACACUCUCUAAUAGGCAAUUUAUAAGUAACUGCUGACAUUUUUAAAUUAGAUCAGUCAUUGAGAAUUGGUGACAAGUUGCACUUUUGAUUAGAUCUAGAGAAACCUGAUUUGUUUUGACAUGCUGAUUUUGUUAAUACCUAAUUGAAACAGUAAAACUUUUGCUGAUUUGGUGGAUUGCAGCUUCCUCCUCACACUCUCUCUCUUUUUUUCACCUUUUCCCCAUUCUUCUCCUCCACUUCCCUCCCCCCGCCCCCCGCACCUCAAAAAUAAUGCUUUUGGGCCAAGAAUAAGUUCAGAUGGAGAAUGACAAAUUGGGUCAGAAUGUUUGCAUGUUGUAUGUCAGUAGCAGAAGAUAUAAGGUAUUGGUGAAAUGAUUCUAGCUAAAGUUAUUCUAUCCUACAGACAGUAAAAAGGAUGCUCAUUAAUAUUUCUAUUAUGCUGCAUUUGGGCUCUAUUGUGGAAAGUGGAAAUAAAUUUAAAUUUAAAAAACAAAAGAUUUUGGACAUAAAUUCCAAAUAAGGUUUUAAAAAAUACUUGGAUAUAUUUGUUGGGAAAUGGGCAGUGAGAUUUUAGAGUGAUGUGUAGUUAAGUGUUAGUUAAAUUACUGGGGGAUUCAGUGCAUGUUUUUAGAUGUUGCGUUAUUUAUGUGCAACGCCAAAAAAAUGAGUGAUAUGAUUCUUUUUGAGACCUAUGGUGCUUCUGUCUGCAAAGCCUUGCCUGUAUUGUAUUAAAGGAAUAUAGUUUGUAAAUGUGGUAGCAAUGAUUUAGUUUUUUUUAAACGUGAAUCAGACAUUUUCAGCAUUUGACCACCUUUAUUUUUUUAACAUCCUUUUUAAAAAAAUAUAUAGUUUUUGCUAUUAGAAAUUUAUCAUGGUGGUUAAUAGGAAAUGAAAGUGGACUGUGUUGCAUCACCAGUGUCUGUAUAGAACCAUUGGUCACUGGAUAGUGUUUGUUUCCCUGAACUCUGAGCAGUUGGAUGUUAUUUUUCUUUCGUUCGUUCUUUCUUCCCAACACCCCAACUCCCAACAAUCUUUUAUUUUUAUAUAUUAUUUCUUCCUGAAUACUCUGCAAAGGGUAAAAAUGUAAAGGUUUAGUAAAAGUAAAUUGCCUCCUACUGAUGUGAUAGGUGCUAUUUUACUUGAACUAAAUAAGCAUGAAGAAGUUAUUGGAUGUUCACCAGCUGAUUUUUGUUUUCCCCUCUUAAAAUCAGUCCAAAAAUGAAACUGCUUAAUUUACGUAAGUAUUUUUGCAUUAUCCAAUCUGCUCUAGAUUUAUGUUUUUUGUCUCCAGUUAUUUAACUGCAAUGGAAAUAUACCAACUAAGCCAGUAACUGUACUCUCAGUCUGUCUUUGAGCUUGUGACAGUUCAGCAGAGAUGCUUCACUUGUACUACUAUGUGAAAGAUUUAAAAAGAUGAGUAUUUUUCCAUAUGGAGUUCGGGUACUGCUCUCAAUGUAUGGGGCUAAAUUAUGUCUGCUUGUUCCCUUGCACCUGUGUAGUUUUUUUUUUCUUUCCUUUUUGAUUAGGCAAUAAAUGGUCAUUUGAAAAUUA